UGUAGUGCUGACGUUACGCCGCAUUUUCCCAACGCACCAUCAGUGUAAACGUACCGUAUGGAGUAUAUAUUUCCAAUCUCUUUUACCAGGAAGGUUGGCAUAAUCUUACUGAAUACCUCGAGUGUCUAAAAGGAGUGACUGAGCAACAUUCUUCAUCAUCAAAAAUGUUCAUGCAGAGAGUGUUCAAUGUUCUCUCUCAAAAUUCGAACAUCCCGAUCGCAGUUGACAGAUCAAAGCCCAAAACUCUGUCUAAUG